GAGAUUGUGUUAGGUUGCGCUGCAGUAAUCCCAUAAUAACAAACGCCGCUUCUGACAGCAAACUCUUGAUAUUGAAGACGGCCAAACGGUCUCAUUUUCUGUGUCAUUCGCUCAUCAAAUCCUGCUUUAGCCCCCUUUGCGAUGGUUUAUCGUCACGAACGGUAGUCAGUGGCAUCUCUUGCUUGUGGUCCCCAUCUACCUAUCAUCAUCAGUCCUAAAAAAAAAGGCUCACCAUGCUGCGAGAGAGCUUCAAGGCAUGGAGCAACGGCUCCGAGGCCUACAGCAGUGACCCGGAGGAGGAUGAGGAGGAGGAAGAGGACAUGGUGUUUGGGGACAAUGACCAGGACGGCAUGGCAGAAGAAAUGAUGGACCUCAGCGACCUCCCCACGGCGCUCUUUGCCUGCGGUAUCCAUGAAGCUGUGUUUGAAGAGGAUGUGGACAGGGAGAGAUUUGAGGCAUUGUUUCGGAUCUACGAUGACCAGGCCACCUUCCAGUUGUUCAAAAGCUUCCGCAGAGUCCGGAUCAACUUCAGCACACCGGAGGCCGCUGCCCGCGCUCGCAUCGAGCUCCAUGAGUCUGAGUUCAACGGCAGGAAGCUCAAACUCUACUUUGCUCAGGUCCAGAAUGGCGACGAGGACAUCGACAAGUCGUACCUGGCACCCCCUCAGCCCGUCAAACAGUUUCUGAUCUCGCCACCCGCCUCGCCGCCUGUGGGCUGGAGUCAGAGCGAGGAUGCCACGCCGGUCAUCAACUACGAUCUGCUGUGUGCGGUUGCCAAGCUGGGACCAGGUGAGAAGUACGAGCUCCAUGCUGGCACAGAGUCCACUCCGAGCGUAGUGGUUCACGUGUGCGAGAGCGAGACGGAGGAUGAGGAGGCUGGGCGGCCGAAGCAGGAAAUCGUGCAGACCAGACGCCCAGACGGCCCCCCGAAGGUCUUCAACUAGAGACGGCCCUUGACACACACGCAAUCAGUGACCCACACUCUUUUUGGCCGCCUCUAUGAUCUGCAACACAUCUCUCUCUCUUUAUCUCUUUGCCUCUCUCUCUCUCUCUCUCUUGUCUUUGCACUCACAGAGAGCGACGCCCCUCAUUUCAGCUGAAAAAAAAACAAACAUUGCUCCAGUUGAGGCGUUUUUUGCCGAAUGAGGCGGCUUGGAAGUGAAUGGAUGAGAAUCUCACACACAUGCACACACAACUCGCACGCACACAGUCAUCACAUUCCUGUGAGUGGUGGGUGUUAGAGUGACUCCGCCCCCCUUACUGACCUGCCUACUCCGUGGGGAGUGAUGGUCAACAACAGAGGGCGCCAUGGUGUUCAAAUGUACGCUCGCUAGUGCUAGCUCGCUAACUGGUUAGCUCACACCUCAUUGCGAAUGGUGUUUUAUGCACAAUGUGUGUUUAUUUCCCACUCAUGCUCAUAUCAGGUCUUUGCAUGUAUAUACAGUAACACACGCUACUGCGUGGAAAAAUACUAACAGAAUAUACCACACUGCACGGAGCGCCAUAUGUGACAAACGAGUUAGACUUUUCUCCAUUUUUUACCUUUUUUUUUUUUUGCUGAACUACUAGAUGUGUGUUCUUAUUGUGCAUUUGAUACACUUUUUGCAUGCUUAAUUCUGAGCUGAGGUGUUUUUUUUUUUGUUGUUGUUUUUGUUUUGGGAAAUGCAUGCCGAUUUGGCAAAAAGCACAUUUGCCGCUGAGGCGUCCCCCCCCCCCCCCCCCUCUAUAAUUUGAAUGUUACGCCACCUUCAGUGUUGACGCUCAGCUUUUGGCUUUUGUUCUGACGGCUGCUCCUAUCUCCCCAGCCCUUCUCAAUGUCUCUCUUGUAAAUAUAAUAUCGUCUUUUGUCCGUUUUUGUAGUCCUCGUUGGGUCAAAAGGGAAACUUUAAGGAUGCCUGAUGAGAUGUCAACCAAAGCAUUCUCACGUAUUUCCAUAACAGUUUUACCAACAAAACUGGAGGAUAACACUUUAAUGAGCUUCACCUUUUUGUUCAUUAAAGACACUACAACCAAUCCGAAAUAUACUAAACAGUUAUUAGUGUUGUGUUUUUAAACCAUGUUUUGACGCAAGAUGUGUUUAAUUGUAUUUUAGAAGGCGAAGCGGGUCACAAAAAACGAGCUGUGGGCUGCAAAUGGCCCUCAGUGCCACACUUUGGACACCCCUGCUUGAGAGGAGUUUCCAACAGAUGCUUUUCACGGAAACGCCAACAUCACUCCGCUCCAUGUUGUUGUUAAUAUUAUAUAAUGGACAAAAAUAAUAAGGAACAAAGAUAAAAGUCAGAUGAAUCAUGUGUUAGUAGCUAUAGCAGGAAAACACACCAGCUGAGAUGCUAACAGAAGCGCUAGUUAGCCAGCUUGCUAGCCAUGCAAAGAGCUAACAAUUGUUUGUUUGGUUUUGGUUGUCUUUACACCUAUACUUUAUUUGACUACUAGGGACAGUGUUGUGGCGUUGUAUGGAAUGCAGAGCUGACGGGAGGUUAGGGUUGUUAUUUUUUAAAUUUUUCAUACACGCACCUGCUGGCUAGCUAACUUGACGCCAUAUACCGCCAUUUUAGACGUAAGAUUCAUUCAAUCACUUUGUGACAGUAACGGGAACAUACAACAAACACAAGUUGAUGUUUGGACCUGACCUGAUCCCCUGCACCCCUCAGAAGCAACUAAAAUGGUAAGACUUGAUAGUUGCUACAGAACUAUUAUAUAUUUUAAUGGGUACGCUUUGAAAGAAACACACAAAAACCAUGAAGAUGCUACUCUAAAUAAGCAGCAUCACGGAUUCCAUUGGAAACUUUUGACUACUAGCCAAAAGUGUCAGAGCUUGCAAAACUGAGGGGUUUCGUUAUUGUUGCUUUAUUUGAAACAUUUGAGUAUAUUUCUUUGAUUGACCAUCGCUCAGUUGAGAGAGUUGUGCAAAACUAUUUGGCUAGACUUAACGUAAAAACGAAAAGUAGCAACGUUCUUGUCACCAUGGACCAGGGCCCCGUUUCACGAAGCAGGUUCAACCAACUCUGGAGUCUAACCCUGAACUCUGAGUUGAUCUACUCUGAGACAGGAAACUCUGACUUAGGGGUUUCAGAACAGGUGAUUUCAAUUGGUUCAAUCAACACAGAGUUUGUUCACUCUGAGUUAAGCGCGUGCACCACGACUUUAAAAAGCCCUGAUCAAUGGAGCCCCGUUCCCUCGAUUCACCAUGGUAACGAGUGAUAAGAAAAGAUCGUCAUAUUUCAGUCCUCUGGAACUGGAUAUAUUAAUGCGGUCAUACGGCGAAUUUGAAAGCGUUUUUAAAAAGAAAAGCAACAUUGAAAGCGUUUUUAAAAAGAAAAGCAACACGGCUGCAGCAGCGAAAGAACGCGAGUCGGCGUGGGAGAGUUAAUGCUCGAGUCAAUGCGUAAGUUUACAUUUAUUAUAUACAUUUAUGCAAUCACAAUAAUAUUAGGCUACAGAUGCAAACAAGUAGAAUGGUGUUACAGCUACAAUUUAUGUCACUUAGAUGUAAUCCCACCGGCGAAAAAAGAACGUGGAAGCAGUUGAAGAUGAAAUAUAAAAACAUUGUUCAAACAGGUAAGCCCUCAGCAUAACAGUCAGGGUGCCUCUUUUUAAUCAUGUUUACCACUAAAUAUCAUUCAGCGGCUGUUUCAGUGUGCAUUAUCUCCAACAUAAUAUUGUUUUCACACACAUACAUGUCCUCGCCUGUAUACAGUUAAAUCAGACAUAUGAAAAGCAACAUCUAACUUCUACUCAGCCAGUGGAAUUCAUGUGCAACUGUAUAAUGUCAUCCUUAUGUGUUCCCAGCUACCACUAAAAGAAAUCUACAAAGUGCGUUUAUUAAAAACAGUACAAAAAACAGAAAAAGAAAUGGUGCUGCUGGACCGCCAGAUAACUAAAACGGAUCUGGAAAUUGAAUUAUUAAAACACAAGUUAGAGGUGGGUGCAUGGUCAUAGGUGAAUUGUGUUGAUGAUUGUAACAAUUAAAAAGUAAGAAACCAUUUUUUUUCUUAUUUGUAGGAAACAAAGAAGACCAAAUGAAUUUUUUUGUCUUUCUGUUUAUUUUACUGCUGUUGGUGAUGGUGAUUAUGAAAAACGACCAAACUGGCUUUAAACACGCGCGACAAUGAAUGAAUCACACCGGAGACAGAAAGAAACUCGAGGUUCAUUGAAGAAAACCUGGUCCCGACCAGGUUAUGUUCACAGAGUCUGUUGCCAUAGUAACUGACACCGAGGUUAAGUUACCUCUCUCUGUGAAACAGGCUGGAGUUACUCCUCUGUCUCUGGUUUGACUUACCUCCCUUUUUGAAACGGAAAACUCAGAGUUUCCCUCAUUUCAGGGUUAACAUACUCCGAGUUUUCACUAAACCUGCUUUGUGAAACGGGGCCCAGAUAAACUGUCUUUAAUUUAUUUGGUCGUGUGGUGCCCCCUUGUGGUGUACAUGUAAAAACGCAGUAUAUACAGGUCAAUACAGUACAGUACUACCAUCUUAAGUCAAACACGAUGAAUCUAACUCGUGCUUUAGAAAAUAUUAUUUAUUAGUCUAGUUGUCCUAUUGCAUUACUACUGCAGGGGUGGGCAACGUGUGGCCCAUGGUCUGUAUAUGCCCACAGAAAACGUUUUCUGUGGCCAGAAGAAGUAUUUGAAAAAGGCCUGAACAGUCAUUGUGGGUUAAAUUUCACAAUAUAUAGGUAGUAUUUAUUUGAUAUUUUUAGUACUACGGACCUCUGAGGGUUUUAUACAAAACAAAAUGGCCCCCAAUAGGAGUAAUGUUCCAUAUUGUAUGAAAAUGGUCUUUAUUCAACACAAAAUGCAUGUGAGCACUUUAACUAUUAAUUGUGUCGGUUUCUUGUUUGUUUCUGUCUGAUAUGCUGUUAUCUUUUUUGGGGGAUUUUGUUCAUUUUGCAUAACAAAAUCGACAUUGCUUUUCAUCAUCUCAUCGUCUAGCAAAGUGGAGCCGUUUGUAUCGGCGCCACAUUGAAGAUGUACAGUACAUGAGUACAAAACAGGAAGUAGGUUGGCGGGAGCCUCUUAAAGGGCCGGCAUGAUGAACUUUUUGUAUAUUUUUGUACAUAAUAUGCCAAGUUUUUAUGUUGCUGAGACCCAGUCCCAGUAGUGUGUGUGUGGCUUCUCUUGUUGUCAUGGAGAUGGAAAUCAUUUCUGCGCCUACUAAAACAACAAAAAAAUAUGCUGUUUGUCACUGUAUUUUUUGGUUUCAUAUUUUGUUUGUGACUACUAUGUCUUGUAUUGUAGGAACUACAGAAAACAAAAGUAGCAAAACAAGCAAUAAUUUACAGUUCUAUGAUACCGGUAUGUGUAUUUUCAUGUUCUGUACUUCUUUCUAAGAGAUCUUGAUCUCUAUCUUACAGUAUCUGCUUCUAUUUGUGUAGUAUGAUAGUCCUUUGUUUCACUUAGAGAAAAAAACAACAUAAAGACUUAUUCUUAAAAGACAUGUCUGGUGUC